CGAGUCUACUUCAAGACGCUGGAAAUGCUCCGUAUCUUUGGCGACACAAUCCGAGAAACUGGUUGAUAUCUGCAAGGACUCAUCCCGGACGCCUUCCUCAAGUCGAAUAUCUGCCCGCGGCCCGGGAUGCUCGACUUAAAGACAUCCUCAAGGAUGACGCAACCAAGGACAGGGCGCUGUAGGGAAACUGGCGCCUCUUGUUCCAAUUUCAAGCAGAGGCUGGAGGAAGAUUGUCGCGGAAGAUCGCCGAAAAGCCUGAAGAGAUCAAGAGUUUGCGUGACGAGUUGGGUUGUCGCACUCGCUUCAAGCAAUACCAGAACGCGGCUAAGGUUGCAUUCUACCUUAGGUCUUCAACGCAACCUCGUUGCGCGAGGCAUCCAGGUCAACCACCAUGAACCUCUACAUCAUCGUCUUCACCAUUAUGACAUGGUAUAUCUUCCGCUCAAUUCUACCGCGGUACAUCAUCGGUCCACCCGCCCUGGAUACCAAGCUUAUGUGGUGUUGCGACGGCAGAUACUGUUCAGUACACCCCUCUUUGAGGGAGAGGCUGAAAUCGCCGGGCGGUUUACACGCCCACAAUCAUCACCUGCGUCGUUACCUACGUGCUUCCUCUGCUGCUCACUUGGGUCGCCCAAAAGUGGGACGCUGCUAGAUCACUGUACCAUGAGAUAUACUCGAUUUUUUCGUUUGUGCGGGCUAAGGCCAAGCAGCAAGAUGUCGCCCAGAUGGGCCCCUUGAGCGACGAGUCAUCCAGCGAUGCUGACAGCUAUAUGAGCGCGUGGCGCUGCUUCUGCAGACGGGCAGUUCAGGCACAUUCGCGAACUCGAUCGGCGCAAGACGACGUCUAUUGGCAGCCAGAACCGCCCUUCGACCACACCGUCGCGUCGUAGCCGUCCAUCCAUUCGACGUACUCGCUCCCGGCAGCAGCCCAGCCCUUGAUGCCGCCAGCAAGAGCAAGGCUCUUCAUAUCCUUGUCGCCG